AUGGCUUCAGACGCUGAUUUAACUAUUGGCGAUGCCAUAUACAUCAGUAUUAAACCGCUCAUUAAAAUCUUUCUUAACUGCGCUCUAGGGUUCCUCCUCGCAAAAAAAAACUAUCUUUCACCAGAAACAUGCCAAAACCUUUCCUAUAUCAUUGUCAACUUUCUCCAACCAUGCCUUAUGUUCACCAAAAUUGUCUCUUCCCUAGACUCUUCUGAUUUGCGUACAGUCGGAGUCGUUAUCCUUACUGCAUUCUUAUUCCAAGCUUUAGGCCUCGCAGCAAGUGCUAUAGUUGCCCUUGUUGCGCCUGUCCCCAAGUACUGGCUCGGCAGUCUAAUUAUGGCCUGCGUUUUUUCAAACACUACAGACCUACCCGUUGCAUACAUCACCACACUUUCAGGUGGAAAGCCAUUCACCUCCGAAGACGGUUCUAAAGGCGUGGCCUAUUCCAUGAUUUUUGUAGCCGUUUUUAUCUUUUCAAUGUUUAAUAUGGGUUCGUUCCGGCUCAUUGGUAUCGACGCUGCGCGCAAAACAAAGGACAUUGAACGCGGGGUUUUCUCGCCCUCCGAACCAAGCAACAACCAGCCUGGAGUCUUGACUCUUUACUCACAGGCCAAGAAACGGCUACUGCGGAGAAGGAAAAGACAACAGACACAAGAUGAGUCUCUUCCAAGCCCCACAUUAUCACCCAGUAUGGUUGGCGACGAUAAAGACGACGACUAUGAUGAUUUUGAUGAAAAAAACAAUCAUCGUCUGCGACAUCGGAUCGCCGAACAAACACCUUCCAGCACAAACAUCAAUGACGACAUUCCACAUAACUUGGACGUCAAAUCUAUCUCCGACAUUCGAGAAACCCUAACUACAGAAACUUUUUUGGAAAUAACGCGGCAAGCGACAGGUGCGCAUGCCGACACUUUGCUUCCAAAAACAUCCGCGGCAACAAUAACCGCUGCCAGUGUCGCACUGCCAUCCACCUGGUCGAACAAAACCCGCGCCCGGUUCAACGUGUACAUUGAUACACAUCCUUGGGCUUAUUUUGGCUGGCAAAUUUUAUACAACUUUUCGCGGCCUCCGAGCGCCAUGCUAAUCAUAUCAAUGAUUAUCACUAUGGUUCGCCCGUUGCGUGCGCUUUUUUAUAACAAUAGCGGUGCCAUUGUUGUUUCAGGAAUCCCCAACGCCCCCGAUGGCCAGCCCGUACUCAGUUUUAUCAUGGACUUUGCUUCCUUUGUCGGCGCGUCCCAGGUCCCCUUUGGUAUGAUGCUUUUAGGGGCCUCUAUUAGUCGAUUGCAUGUUGGAAAGCUUCCCAAGGGCUUUUGGCGCGUAGUGCUGGGCAUUGCGCUCUUUAAGCUUUGCCUGCUGCCCAUCAUUGCCAUUGUUUGGACCACCCAUAUGCAAAACAUUGGCUGGAUUGACCCAGUCAAAAACAAAAUGACCAGCUUGACAAUCAUUGUUACUGCUGGUGCACCCAUUGCAACUCUUCAUGUGCUUUUCUUGUCUAUAUUUGGAAAGCCUACCGUGAUUGAGGAGGAGGAUCCUCAGACGGGAGAAAUCAAAGAGGUUUUAUGGUUUGAAGAGAUGGACUGUUUGGCAAUUAAUGUCAUUUUCCAGUACUUUGUGCUUUUUGUAUCCAUGGGAAUUCUUUUAACCUACACUUUAAAAAAGGUGGUGGUUGUAUGA